ACUCCGCGCAAGAACUUCACUCUAAUUAGCCAACUUCUUUCUUGGUUCGCUCAGUUCCGCGUUCUCACCCAAGCUUAUCGCCACUCACCGGAGGCACGACUUGAUCCUCUUUGCUUCAACAGACUUCAACAGGCUCGAGCUCAGUCGAGGGAACACUAGAUCUGACAAGGGAAGAAUAAGGAAGCAUACAGUCACUUCUUGACGCCGAUGAGCACUUCGAAAGCGCACGUGGAUUGAAAGGUUUAUCACACUUAAAACUGUGAUCAUACCAUUGGUUAGUGUGUUUAAUUAUUGCUUUCAGGUUACUUUGUAAGUGAAAUUGAAAAAAUACACCGGCACCACAAUACCAAUUGAACAGCUGUGCCUUGAAACAGUUUGAUCAAUAGGUGUGAAGGCAGCAGACAAGGAGUACCGGCGCCCUGCACCUGCACUCUACCGGCGCCCUGCACCUUCACUCUACCGGCGGGCACAGGUGCUACUGUAGCCUCAAAAGUUGGCAACAUACUGCGACAGGGUCAGCAACAAAAUAGGAAAACAAAACAGAAAUCCGAUCGAAAGAUAUAAAGAAAAACAAGUGACUGAGAGAAAGAGAGAGAGGGAGGGACAUAUAGAGAGAGAGAGAGAGAGAGAGAGAGAGAGAGAGAGGAAAGAGAGAGAGAGAGAGAGAGACACCCCCUGGAGAAUAGCAGAAGACCCGGCCCCCGGCCUGAGUGUAAGAGAGAGAGAGGGUGAGGGAGCGUUUUAAAGCCGGCACAGGCAUGAUGUCCUACAUUAAGCAGCCUCAUUACGCCGUGAACGGGUUAACUCUGUCUGGCCCGGGCAUGGAUCUACUACAUUCUGCCGUCGGAUACCCAAACAUCCCCAGAAAGCAGCGUCGGGAAAGGACCACGUUUACGCGCGCGCAGUUGGACAUCCUGGAGGCACUGUUUUCUAAGACCCGCUACCCCGACAUCUUCAUGAGAGAAGAAGUGGCCCUUAAGAUCAACCUACCAGAGUCUCGUGUACAGGUAUGGUUCAAGAACCGUCGUGCUAAAUGCCGCCAGCAGGCACAGCAGAGCACGGGCCAGUCUAAACCUCGUCCACCUAAGAAGAAGGCCUCUCCAGCCCGGGAGGCCAACUCUGAGGCCAGUGCUAACACCAACGGGUCCUACAGUCCAGCACCCCUUCCCCUCGGCACCGCCAUCACCCCCAGCUCCAGCAGUGCCAACGCGACCGUGUCCAUUUGGAGCCCUGCCUCCAUCUCCCCGCUGCCAGACCCCCUGUCAGCCUCCACCACGCCCUGCAUGCAGCGCUCCUCUGCCUACCCCAUGACCUACACCCAGGCCCCGGCCUACACCCAGAGCUACGCUGGCUCAUCCUCUUACUUCACUGGCCUGGACUGCAGCUCCUACCUGUCCCCCAUGCACUCACAGCUCUCCGCCACAGGGGGCGCCCUCAGCCCCAUCACCUCUAUGGGUGGGCACCUAAGCCAGUCCCCCUCUUUGUCCUCACAGGGCUACACAGCCGCCUCGCUGGGCUUCGGGGCCGUCGACUGCCUGGACUACAAGGACCAAGCUGCCUCCUGGAAACUCAACUUCAACGCAGCUGACUGCCUGGACUACAAAGACCAGAACUCCUGGAAGUUCCAGGUCUUGUAGGGGGGAGGAGGUAAGGAAGGGACCAGCCAGGAGAAGCUCCCAUUCCAUUCAGUGUUAAAGACUUGGACACAUAGAUGGUCAACUAAUAAUUUCAGUCCAUGAACUCAUUGACUGAGUAAUAUGUCAUUAUUUCUUGUGUUAUGGAAAGCAAUGUGGAAGCAUUGAUGUUGGACUUUGUGAUUGUUGGGAAGGUGACAAGAAACCACUGAUCACAUCAAAUCUAUUAUAUUCAAUCAAUCCAGUCAAUCUAUUAUAUCCAAUCAAUAUUGUCAAAUAUAUCAUAUCCAAUCAAUACAGCAUUAUCAAUGUGAGAAUGCACAAUCAAUGGGACAUUAAAGUAAUAAAGAUAGUCAUAUAGAAUUGAUGACAAACAAAUCAACAUGUAAAAAGAUAAUUGAGAUACUAAAAUUGAAAACCGAUUUUAUUAAAAAGGACUACAUACCACACGAUUGAAAGCAAUACCUGUAGAAUGAAAUGAAAUACAUUUAUAAUUUGAUGAUUACAUUUAGAAAAAAACUGCAUCAUUGACACAGGUCCAUUCUUGUAUUCCAUAAUCAGGGUUUUGUGGACCAAAUGAAUAGAUAUUGCAACUUGAAGGAUGAAUGGGGUAUCAAUUUGAUGGAGAGAAUGAACAAUUGAUUUAAAAAGAGAAGAAAAUAGAAAAAAGAAGAUUCAAAUAUUGGUUGCAAUGGAUCCCAUCGUUCAGGUAGCUGAUAGUCAACCCCAAGUUGAUUUCUGAACAAGAUCUGUCACUCCUUUAGUGGUCUUGUUGUGCUUAAUGGUAACUGAAAACUAGAAAGGAAAAGUGGAAUUCAAUCCCCAAGAUGGGUGGGCUGGCCUUGACUUUUGACCAAAUUUGAUCCAGUGGUUAUUUUUGUCAUUACUUCAGAACAAUUGAAAGUUGUGUCCAUUGUAAUGAAGAAAAUGACUCUGCCUUGAAUUUGAUAUUGAACAAACAGAGGGAGUUCCAGCCAUAGGUGGAGAUUGACUCCAAUGGGGACAACGUUGUUUUCUUUUUCCCUCUGUCAUUUGUUUUAUGGUUUAUUUUUGUUAUGAAGCUGCUUUUCAUAUUUGGUGAACAGAGAUCCUGGAGCCAAACAGACACACAGGCAGACACACAGACAGACACACAGACGUGCAUGUGUUUCUCAAUAAGCAAGACGGGAUGGGUAAAGCAAGGAUAACCUUUGGUACUGUCAAGUAGAGACCAUAGGCUAUUGUUGUAUCCUUUUCCCCCAGUAGCUUUGAAGGGAUGGGACCCUCGGCAGACAGUGUGUUAGAGUGAAGGGGGGUAAGAAAGAAGGGCAGGGUUAGGGCUAUAGGGUUAGUAACAGACCUCUUGUCUUUAAGCACCCAUCAUGGAAUGAAUCACAUCUGGGCACAAGGCAUUCUGGGAUCUGCAAGGAUGACCAAUGUGUAGCCUUUGCGUUUCUAUCCAACUCUGUGUUUGUUGGGGGAGGGUGGACGACUAUGAUGAUUACGUCACUUAAAUACAACAUUUUCCCUUAAUGACUUAACAAACCCUGUUGCCGAAUAUACCGUUACAAUGAGAUAUUUGCAGGAGAGAAGACUCAACAGUAGAAAGGGAAGGGUCUGGCCAUGACUGCGCUACCCUUGCACAGAAAGCACGGAGCUUCUCUCAGUUGUUACCUGUAAAGGAGCGAGGGGUACCAUUUUGUGUUGAUGUAUCGUUUCAUCUUUUUUUGUAUUAGACUAUAACAUAUUAUGUUUCUUUAAAUUUGUGCGUCCUUUGAAGUACAAUUGUGGUAAUUUGUUUGACGUUAAUAUUAUCAUUAUUAAUAUAAUUAUAAUUAUUAUUAAUUCCACAACUCUUAUGAAUAUUGCUAUUAUUCUGUUUAUUUUGUUCUUUUUGUAAAUAUUAAACUUUACUUGAAAAUGCAAUCAUGUCUGGCACCAACAAUGUGUUACACAGACACACCACGCAACUUCACUCCUAAUUUCUACAAGACUAGCAAUAUAUAUUUUUUUAAUUUCAGUUUUCUGGUCUCGUCUUUUCUGAACAGCGUUUUUCAAACUCAGGGCUCUUUCCAAUACAGUUAGUGGUGAUAGGAUAUAAUACUGUGUAUAGUUCUUGAUUGUAUACUUUCAAUAUUUGCAUUCUAAUAUAUGCUUUUUUUUGUGUCCUGAUACGAAUGACUCACCCUCUUUAGUAUAUCAGACAUAUCUCUUGUGUGUUUCCCCAACUCUACAUGGGACAGAUAUUUAGUUUUAAGACAUUAAACAACUGAAGAAAG